GCCGGGCAUCCCUUCACGAUCGGGUUGGAGUUCCAUCAAAUGGAGACAACACUUCUGAGUACAAAACACCAGUCGAAAAUGAAUAUCAGGGGUCACGUAACGAAACUGUUGCAAGAGCUAAUGGAGGGUUUUGCGAUGACGUUGACACAAAUGCAGAAAUAUCAGCUGAAGGUAAUAUGUUUAAAAUUCCACUAACUUUGGUAUGUGUAAUAUUUGCUCAUUCCAAGAAGAGAUGUAAUAUAUAUCUUUGUUAAAAAGAAACAAACGAGGAUGAGAGUUGAUAAAAGGAAAUGAAGGUUGAAACUCUCGCUCGUGUUUUCCUGCCAACUCUCGUCAACUUUGAGCUGGUUCAAAUUUUGAGUAGAGUUCAUGAGAGUUUUUGUUACGCUUGGUAAUAUCCAGUUAACUCUCAUCAGUGUUCAGCUGGUUCAAAAUUUGAUGAAAGUUGAUGAGAGUUCUCGCUACGUGCUGUAAUAUCCAGUCAACUCUCAUGCAAUUGUUGUUCUCACUGCAGACUCUCAUUGGCCAACUCUUAUCAACUCUCAUUCUUGUUUGACCAGGGUUUAUAAUCUUUUGUUUCUAAAGACAGGACAUCAGAUCACGAAGAGGUUGAGGUACCAUCAAAUGCACACAUGGUUUCUGGACACAUUGAACUUAAUAAACCACCCGAUACCUUGAAAACGGGGGCGACAGGCGAUGGUGAUUAUCAGACUUUUUUAAAUGACGUUGACAUAUACGUAAUACCGACGUCAGAGGAACCACAACACGAAACACCAGGUCAAAAUGAAACCUGUAAAGAGCCCAAAUUAUCGCCAGAAAAUUCUGUUUAUACUGAGCUUGAUGUGAACAGAGUCCACGGCAGAAAUACAACGGAAGAUGGUACCUAUCAAAAACUUGUAAAGCGAGAUUAUGUUAUACAAGCUCACGAGGGAAGAGAGUCGUACGAAGAUAUGAAAAUGGGAGGAAACUUAGUAGAUUACGAGAAGCUGGAUCAAAGCAAACUCGAAGCAGAAAUCUAA